CGAAUCUGUUCAACGGAGCGGAUGCGCACGAAGGACGGGGGGAAAGAAACAUUCGAUCGUGGUCGCCGUACGUCUGUGCGGCGUUCCGUACACAAUUGCCAGCAUCGGGAGGCAGCGACCACUCGUAAACAAUACCGACUCCGACAGCGUUUGCAAGACUUAGAAGCUCCGGUGGGGAAUGUGUUAUGCGUACCGCGUUUUUCUUUGUUUGUUUUCGUUGAACGGAAUUCGUGUGUGCACAAAUUCCCCCUGGGAGGUGGUUUACUUACGUUGAAUUCGCUUAUGUGUUCGCACAGUACACUGUGGGUAUCUCGCCGUUCUAUUUCGGAUUUCACUCACUUGAAUGACCAUUUCUUCCUGUUAACUUAUGUCACUUUCCCUCGUACUGCAGUCCAGCGCCUGGUCGUCAGCACCACCGCUGCCUACUUCGUUUGAGUGACAGGUCGUACGCAAAGCGUGCCCGGUCACUGCCCGAAAAUGCCGUCGUCGCUACCGCUCUGCUUCCCCCGUCUCCCCCGGGGCCGAAACCUUCCCGAGGAGUUUUCUCAGUCCAGUUUCAAAAUCCCAAGAGAGUUCUGGCGGCAACUUUCCGCCCGAGUUCGCGCUGCUUCACUCCGCGCUGAUGGCUGCUCAGCGUUCGCGGGGAGAGGCCGGCUCCCGCGUGACAGGAGCCGGUGUACAGACACCCUAGCUGGGCGGCUUGCAGACAUUUCUGGCACGUCCAGCGGCCAGGAAAAGGGAAGCAUCAGCGAGAUGCAUAGCGUCACUCGAGUGACGACUCGCGCGCGCGCUGGACUUGCGACAGACGAGGCGAAUUCAGAGCGCCUUCUCCGUACACACAUGGAAGGAGGCAGCAUCAGUACAACCCCGAAAGUGUCGGAAGACAAUCCUGUUUCUCAUUCGCGAGUUUUUCUCCCGUCUCCUCCAGUUUCUGCUCGACCCGCGCCUUUUCAGGUCGUCAGUGUCUGUUCCUGUGCGCCAAUCCGUCUCUUUCGUCUGCCUGCGCGUGGUCGCGGCACUUCGACUCCUCCACGUUCUGUUUUUUCGUCUCUCCCUUCCUUGUCUGUGCCUCGGUCGCCCGUUCCCUUCUUGGUUUCUCCCGCUUCUUCGGUCCCGAAUUUUUCCCAGUCUCCCUCCUCUCGAGGGUUCUCCGUCGCUUCGCGGAUUCACUUUCUGAACAGCCGGACGCGCUUCCAAACGGCGGUCCACGCAUCAGACGUCGCGCCACCCUUCCUGCUCCUCCCGCUGGCUUCCCCGCGACCCCUCCUCGCGUACCACCACCGGUUCCGGACUCGCAACCGAAAGAGAGGCAGUCGCUUCCACCCCCACCCUCUGCCUCUCCCGCCGCCGCCGCUGUCGCCGCCGCGCUCGGACGCCGCACACCUGUUCGCCGGCAAGCCACUGGCUGCCUCGGCUGUCAGUACAGCUGCUGGCCAGCAGACGCUUCCGCCGCCGCUGCUGCGGCACCUCCAAGGCCUAUUUCCGGUGUUUCGAGGUCCCGAGUGCGACCCCAGCUGCGGGGUCGGUCCUGCCGGCGAGGCGGCCGGACUCGCGCUUCUCCCACCCCCCAGUCUCGUGGAGCCUCGACACCUGGAGGACUUGGCGCGGCGCGCGCUGCAGGCUCGGGGAGAGACGCGGGAUGCGGCUUCUGGCGCAUGCAAGAGCGACCGGCUUUUCUGGAGAGAGCUCGCAGCGCGCGUUGAGAAGGUCAGGGACUUGCUGCCGAUCGAGUCGCUCGUCCGCCUCCUCACGAUUCUCACGCUGAACGGCGCCUCAGGGACGGUGAGGCCGGUGAAGCAGAUCUUCCAGGCUUUCGAGACUCAAGACGAAGACACGCCGGCGACUCCAGCGAAUCGGACGGGCUUGCGCCUGGCCAGCGAGACGCUCCCGUGCGUGCGGCCGCUGCCGCCGCGACUCCUUCUCGCCUCCACGCGCGAAUUCCUCGAAGAUCUGAAGAAACUGUCGCCUCCCGCCACUGCCGCCUUGGCUGCCACUUUCGCCUGGAGCAACUGCGCCAGCUCUGCUCUGCUCUUCGCCCUCAUGGAACGCUGGGCCUGGCGACAGCCUCGCGCGGAACCAAGUGUGCAGACAGAUGUGGAGUCCGAGGUGGAACCGCUCGGGAAGAGGCGGGAGGCAGAGACAGGGGUGGAGGAAGAAGCCGAGAAUGCGAAGAAGUUGGAGGCGGUGGAGACGCAGGGUCACUUGGGAGACUUCACGCCGGCGGACUUCGCCUUGUUCGUCUCUGCGUUGGGGCACCUUCUCUCUCAGCAAGAGGCGACGCACGUGAAAUACAGCCGCCAGGCACGACAUUUGCGCGAGAUUUCAGGCAAGCAAAUCAUGGCUGCGUUCCGUGAGCAGAAGCGGCAGAAGGGGAAGCAGACUGCAGACGCGAACUUCGAGAACUUCGAGGAAACGAAGUCCGCGUGGCAUUUCACUGCCGCCUUUUUCGACGGCUGCUGCCGAUUCAUGGCGACCCGCGCGGAGAGCUUCUCGCUUUUCUCCUUUGCCUCGGCUGCACGAACUCUCGUCGAAAACCUAGACGCCGUUGCUUUAGUCGGAGAGGCCGCUGAGAGCAGGGCGCUGGCGGUUGACGGCGAGGGCGCCGGCAGCGUGGAGAGUCUCGGGAUCCAUGGCAUCUCGACUUUCAGCUCCUUUGAGGGGAGUGUCUCAAGAUCUGAAAAGCCUCACGUCGCGUGCCCAACUCCAGACUCAGUGGAGGCGCUCGCGAAGGCGAUCUCUCUCUUUGUGGCCUCUUGGGAUGGCGGAGACAAAACGCAUGGGCGCCUCGCCACCCGAGCAGCCAACCUCCUGCUGGUCGCGCGACUCCUCCGGGCCGCCUCGCAGUGUGAGCUCUACAUACACCUGCACCGCGCGCUGCGCCUCGAAGCCGAGGGGAGCGGAGAGGGGAAGAGCCCUCAGAAGAGAAACUCUGGCGAACAGGCUUCUGGCGCCGGAGUCGACGACGGUGGCCGCGGGAUCGCAGUCGACACGGUCGGCGCCUGUAAGACUCUCUUGGAGCACAUCUCCUGCGAGCUAGGCCUCUUGCACAGCGAACUGGAGGCGCUUCCCCUGCUUAACUCGACCUUGGAAGACGCCGACGACAGUGCAGAUGAAAAGAAGGCAGUGGACGCUCCCACUGAACGCGGAUUUGUGCAUAUCAGCCCCGAUACCGUUUACGUUCGGAACGAGCUACUCGCUGCUGCCGGGGAAAGUGCAGCAGCUGUCGUCAGACUCCACCACGCUAAGUCUCUGCUGCAGGCGACUGACGAAGUUGCCCGCGACUCGCAAAGUCUGCGAAAGGGAGAGGCGGAAAACGUUUGUCACCUCUCUACCGGCGCUCGAGUUGAUCGAGUAAAAAGGUGGAUGCGUGGACAACAGGCCGAACGCAUGCAGCUCGAGACGCUUGGAGAGCUCAAAUCGGAAGCCGAACACCUGGCUGACGCCAUCGAUCGCGUCCUUCGAGAGAGAGGCGCAGCCGGUCUGCCGACGGAGCAGCUUGCGGAUUUGAUGGAAGUCUUUGCCCUCUGCGUCGGCGACAAGAGGGUCAGUCAAACCCCGGAGGAAACGUCCCGCUGGUUCCGACUUGGACUUGGCGACAAGGCAGAGAAGAUGAAUCAAGCGAAUCUCUCGUCUUUGCAGGCACUGAGCUCGGAAAUUGUGAGGCGGUACGCUGCGCUGGAUGUCAACCAGAAACGUCGGAUAAAGUGGGCGACGAGACAGAUGGACUGGAAGGACCCGUAUUUGAACCACUGCCUGGGACGCUUUACGGCGGCGGUUACGAGACAGCGAGCGAAAGCUGCAAAUAUUCGAAAGUAGCCGAAAAUAUCCACUUGCGUGCGUGCACAGUUUCGCGGUGCGGUGCUGGGUGCUGUCCUCGGUUCUUCAACAUGCAGAGUUGCCCGUGACAGAUCAGUGUGUCUGCGUCUCGACUCGGUGCCUGUCGCUACAGCUUUCUCCCUACGACAGCCAACUCCUAUCGUUUUCUCCAUUAGCUUGUGCUGGCGGCCAACUUGGGGGCACUGCUCAGCUUGAAAUUUCCUUGCUUAGUCGCAACGCGCCUGCUAGCCUACUAGCUCACAAGGUCGUGUAGCGUAGCCAUGCCCAUAAUAUGCAAGAACAUCCCAGGAGAUUUCGUGCAUGGUGCGAUACAGACACUUUCUACUUUCCAGACGAAGAGCUGUUCAUCGCGGGGAAAAUCAUUGAGG